CGAAAUCAUCCAAUCUCAAAAUGUUUCGACUCGCACUGGCGCUUCUGCUGGCUCUCGUUGCCGCUGCAUCGGCCUACCCCAGCGAUGAGCACUUGAGGCUGGCGCGCGCCGCGCAACCCCAACAUUAUCAUGGACAUGGUCACUUUGGCGAUCACUACGGCGGUCACCUCCACGGCCAUUACGGUGGACAUGGACAUUACGUCGAUCACGGACAUUAUCACGGCCACAUCGAUCAUUAUCAUCACGAUCCUUAUCACCAUCACGGCCAUCAUCACCAUCAUUACUAAUUUGAUGUAGUAUAUGUAUCUUUUUAAGCGUUUA